UCCCACUUUAAAACCCUAUUCCAUCUCUGCUCACAGAGGGGAGGAUAUAUAACGUACUCGCGCGGCUAAAUUUGAUCCUUCUUUUUGGCUCUUGUUCUUGCUCUAGGGGUUUCGAAGCACAGCCAUGUCAAGGAGGAAGGUUAGAGAGCCAAAGGAAGAGAACAUAACUCUUGGACCCACAGUAAGAGAAGGCGAGCUUGUUUUUGGUGUUGCUCACGUUUUUGCAUCAUUUAAUGACACAUUUAUACAUGUGACUGAUUUGUCGGGAAAAGAGACACUUGUCCGCAUUACUGGUGGCAUGAAAGUUAAAGCUGACAGGGAUGAGUCUUCACCAUAUGCUGCAAUGCUUGCAGCACAGGAUGUUUCACAGAGAUGCAAGGAACUUGGGAUCAAUGCUCUUCACAUAAAGCUCAGUGCCACAGGUGGGAACAAGACAAAAACACCUGGUCCAGGUGCUCAGUCUGCACUCCGAGCCCUUUCUCGGUCAGGAAUGAAAAUCGGCCGUAUUGAGGAUGUGACUCCAAUUCCUACUGAUAGCACUCGCAGAAAGGGUGGUAGAAGAGGGAGAAGGCUGUGAUCUAGCUUUCCAUCUCCAAUUAAAACCAUUCAUGGUGGCUCAUCCCAUUCAAUGGUGUUUCUUCCAGGGGGAGCAGAGGUUGAUGCCAUUAUUGAAACUCAUAAUUAGAUGACAGUCAUUUUGCCAUGGAUUUGAGCUUCUGUUACAAGUUUUAAGACUAGAGGAUGUUUCUAGGUCUUUAAAUUACACAAUUUUUAUGACUAAGUAGGAGGUGUACUUAUUUUUAACUUUGAACCCUGUUUCUGUUUUUGUGUUAGCCAUCUUCAUGAUCCAAGGCCUCCUUCCGGCCGCCUCAAGCCCUCCAGAUCUAUCUU